AUGAGUGAAUUCGAACAAGUACCCGAUCAAGAAGCCGAUAUUCAAGAAUCAGAAGAGGAGGAGGAACUUUUCUAUACUGAAAUCGACGAACUUCAAAACCAUGGAAUUGGUGCUGCUGAUAUUACUAAACUUAAAAGUGCUGGUAUUUGCACUGUGCGGGCAAUUCACAUGACAACUCGAAGAAAUCUUUGCAAAAUUAAAGGACUUUCUGAAGCAAAAGUUGAUAAACUUAAAGAAACCGCCUCAAAACUCCAGUCUGCUUCUUUCAUGACUGCUACUGAAUUUUCGCUAGUAAGGUCGAAAGUAAUGUAUAUAUCAACAGGUAGUAAAUCGCUGGAUGCGCUUAUAGGCGGUGGUGUUCCCACUAUGUCAAUUACUGAAGCAUUUGGUGAGUUCAGAACCGGAAAGACUCAAAUCGCUCACACUUUGUGCGUUGUGGCGCAGCUUCCACCUGCCAUGGGUGGAACAAAUGGAAAGGCUGCUUUCAUAGAUACUGAAG